AGGCUCUCUUUACGCACUGGUCAACCCCUCACAACUGCUACUCGAGUUGAAGUUUAGAAUUGAAGACAAGGAAUAUGAGAAUUUCAAUAUCGUUGAUUGCUGUAGUCUUCGGCUCCGUGGCUGUUUCGCUGGUAUCUCCCAUGACACCUUCGCUCAUUACACGGCAGCACGGUGGAAAAGUAGGCUCGAAGGUUGCUAGUAUAGGGAAAUGUCCAAAAGACUGCUGGAAUGAAGCUGCUGUAAAAGCGAAGUGCGAUCCUAACAAAGACGACCGCUGCUUAUGCGGACCCUUCCUGGACGCCGUGACGUUGUGUACAAGCCAGACUUGCAACCUUGCGGAUAAUCUUGCUGCGUUGAACUUCCUCGAGCCUGCGUGUAAUUGA